AUUGCAGGGUGAAGACUGACCCUUGGACCCGCAGGCAGGCGUCRACGGCGAGCUGGGAUUCCCUGUGAGCAGCUGUCCCGGUAUCCGCAGGCGCUCGUCCCCGCGGAGGCUCCCGAAGGGGCUGGAAUCCUCGUGCGGAGAUGGCCUUUCAAAGGACCGAGGGCAUGUCCCUCAUCCAGGCCCUGGCGAUGACGGUGGCAGAGAUCCCYGUGUUCGUUUAUACAACGUUUGGACAGUCUGUCUUCUCUCAGCUGCGGCUCUCUCCAGGCCUGCGUAAGGUGCUGUUUGCUACAGCUCUUGGGACGGUUGCCUUGGCUCUUGCAGCUCAUCAGCUCAAGCGGCGCCGGCGUCGGAAGAAGCAAAUCGCCCCGGAGAAAUGCGGCAUUAAACCUGGCGGGAUAACGGUGCCCAUCUUGCCAACCAGAAGGUUUCCUUCUGUGAAGAAAGGAUACUCCAGCAAGAGGGUGCAGAGCCCCAGCAGCAAGAGCAAUGACACGCUCAGCGGGAUUUCCUCCAUCGAGCCUAGCAAACAUUCCAGUUCAUCCCACAGCCUCGCCUCGAUAGCAGCAGUGAACUCUUCAAGUCCAACGCCAGCAUCAGCAGGGCCAUGGGACACCCAGGCAGCAGGAGAYGCUGGAGCAGCUGGCGAUUCCAGUGCAGAGAGUCUCUACGUUCAAGGCAUGGAGCUGUUUGAGGAGGCCCUGCAGAAGUGGGAGCAGGCACUGAGCAUCCGUCAGAGAGACAGCGCCAGCACCAGCACCCCGGUGCCCUGGGACAGCAGGAAACACCACGAGUCCAUGUCUGAGGACGUUCCAGAGGAGGCCCAGAAAGCAGAGUUUGCCGAGAAGCUGGAAUCCCUCUUGCACCGAGCCUAUCACCUGCAGGAAGAGUUUGGCUCUUCGCUUCCCUCUGACAGCAUGCUGCUGGAUCUGGAGAAGACUCUAAUGCUUCCGUUGGCAGACGGGUCCCUACGGCUUCGGACAGAUGAUGAAGACAGCUCCAUUUCUGAGGAUUCCUUCUUCUCUGCAGCAGAGCUCUUUGACUCCCUUCAUUUUGACGAAAUACCAUUCCACCUUUCCAAGCCGGUAGCUGCAUACGAAGAAGCUUUGCAGUUAGUGAAAGAAGGGAAGAUUGCCUGCCGGACACUGAGGACAGAGCUUCUAGGCUGCUACAAUGACCAGGACUUCCUGGCGAAGCUGCACUGUGUCAGACAGGCCUUCCAGGUGCUACUGGAGGACGAAAGCAACCAGCUGUUUUUUGGGGAGGUUGGAAAGCAGAUGGUGACAGGACUAAUGACAAAAGCUGAAAAGAAUCCUAAAGCUUUUCUGGAAAGCUACGAAGAGAUGCUGCAUUAUGCACUCAAGCAAGAGACGUGGCCAACCACUCAGCAGGAACUGGAGGGAAGAGGGGUGGUGUGCAUGAGCUUCUUUGAUAUCGUGUUGGAUUUCAUCCUCAUGGAUGCUUUUGAGGACCUGGAGAACCCUCCUUCAUCCGUGCUGGCCGUGCUGCGCAACCGCUGGCUCUCUGACAGCUUCAAGGAGACGGCCCUAGCAACUGCCUGCUGGUCGGUUCUGAAAGCAAAAAGGAGGCUGCUGAUGGUACCAGAUGGCUUCAUCUCUCAUUUCUACUCCGUAUCGGAGCAUGUCAGUCCUGUUUUAGCCUUUGGUUUUCUGGGGCCCAAACAGCAGCUAUCUGAAGUCUGUGCUUUCUUCAAGCACCAGAUAGUCCAGUACCUGAAGGACAUGUUCGACCUGGACAACGUGAGAUACACUUCGGUCCAGUCGCUGGCCGAAGACAUUCUGCAUCUCUCCCGGAGGCGCAGCGAGAUCCUCUUGGGAUAUCUGGGCACUGAGACCUUCCCCGAGAUGAACGGCAUCCUUCCCGAAAUGGCUAAAACUACCUGCAGUGGUCAGCGGUGGCAGCAGGACUAUCUCAACACACAGUAACCUGGUGGGACCUUCUGCUUUUUGUAGCCAGUAAUGUUUGCUGGGAUGGAUCCUGGACCACUUGCCAGCUUAUGGUUUGAAUUUUUUUUUUCUUUGUUCUGCCUUUGUGUUCUAUUUUUUUAUUAUUAUUAUUUUUAAUGUGUCAUAUGAACCAUGAACUGCCUAUGCCCAGAUUUUUGCCCCAUUCUCUGGAAUGGGGCAACAUAUGUACCCAUUCCAGCCCUGUGUUAUCUGGGAGAUGUUUCCUGAUGUUUAGGCAACAGGAACAUCACUGGUAAAUUCUCUCCUUCACCCUUAGGUUCUGAAAGCUAAUUUAUGGGGACUCGUUUGCUUUGGGAAUCGUUAAUGUUAUUUCUCUGCUGUGUCUACAGACAUUACUGCUGAUCUUACCUUAUGUGUUUUAACACAUGCAAUGUGACUAGCAGAGUUUUCUUCUCCCACCAAGGAAGAAAUACUUUACUGAAGUAAAAUUCAGAUGUUUGCAACCAGUCUGAAGCUCUGAGGGAGUUGGAACCGGUGUGUUCCCUCUGUGCUGCUGCUCUUGGUGGGCCAGAUGACUGUACCAUGGUCAUCCUCAUGUAGGAGACCACCGAAGUCUGUGUUUGCUUCGCAGACAAACUAGAGUGUGAGGAGGGGAUGGACUUGUAUCCUGCCUGUGCACGCACAAAGAAUUUAACAUCCAUCAAAGUGCCUUGCUCCGUUUCAGAAUUGGCCAGUUAGUUUUCAUGAAGCACACGAGCAGGGACGUGGGAUAGAGCAGCAUCGAGCGCUGAAAUGUGUAAGGCAGUUGGAGAUACAGCUGGUGGAUGGGAGGUAUGAAAAGGAUGACGUGUGCAGGUAGCUGGAGAGUUGGGGUCAAGCUGCUAGARAGGAAACAAUUUCUAAUGUGGAAUUUGUUUAUAGUUUUUAAAAAAUAAUAGUAAUUUUGGGUGGAUACCAAUGUUCUUGCAGUGCUGAGAAGGGUUCUGCUUAAAUGGCAUGAAAAUUCAGAGAUGGCACCUGAAAUCUGGCUGCUCUGGAUCAUGUGCUGGGCUGGCUGCUGGAGCGCGCCGGCCUCCAGGCAGUCCUGGCUUUGUGGAGGGCUGGGCCUGUCUUAUCUCCUGCUCCCAGGGCCUGGGAUUUGCAGGGAUACGUUUGGUCCUGUCAUUGUGGAGGGCUGGGCCUGUCUUAUCUCCUGCUUUAGUCCACAUCUCUCCCCAAAUCCCCACCUCAGAUUGAGGAGGUACCCAGGGAAAUGGGGCUUUCACAACAACACUAGGCUUCAAGUUUUUGUUUCCAAAGUGAUGUGUUACCCUUUAUGUCUGUCCCAGGUAACAGGCAUCUUAUGCAGGUAUGUUUUUAUGAGUGAAAAAUUUAAGAAGCCAGAGCUUCCAUAGAAGGGGAAAGUCAGUGCAUGGACUUGGUGAACAUAAAUCUUUCUGGUUUACCUCUGCAGCUUUCUAAAGUGGCUUUUGCUGGUAAAAUUUGGGAAGGAAAUAAGCAGGGAAAAAGUAAAUGUGAAGUGAGUAGAUAACGCUCCAGAGACUCUUGCAAUCAGGUAAGUGUAGAGCAUAAAGCAUCUCCUGCUCUACAAGCACAUUAGACUGUGGCUUAUCCUGAAGACUAGAGUGAUGGAAUAAGAAUAUGGUGAGGCAAAGUGAGGGACAGAGCCCUUGGUAAAGCCUGGGGAAAUAAACUGUUAGGAGAAGGAUUUAAAGGCAGUUAAUUGAAACUAGGGAAGGUUUCUGAGGUUUCUUGCUCCUGCCAUCAUGCAGUGGAAGGAGAGACAAAGGAGGUUGCAUUAUUAGUGUGUGGUACGUGUUACAUGUGGACUGUGAUUUACAAGCAUGUUAAAUUCUGAAAGCAAGUUACUUUGCCAAAAAUAUUGUAUGGUGCUGUGUGCUCUUCUAUGGCUGGCUUAGAAGAAAGAGUAACUUCAGCAGCUUUGUACAGUAGUUAAGAAGAUACUAAAAUGUGAAGAUUAAUGUAAUAAGCUGGAUUGUAAUUCUAAAGAAUCAAUGCUGUUCAUUUCAGAUUU